AUUUUGCUUUUUUCAGAUGUGAGAAUUUUAAGGAGUAUAAUUGUGUGUUAAAUAUGACGGAGGCGGCGGUUCCGACGAACGCAACUCGUUGGAUGCUAGCCACAACUGGUGCUCUGAGGCGAGCAGUUGUUGCUGAUUCUGGUGACAAUUGCUGGAUGGACUUUUUGCAACUGAUGGUCAGCUUCCGAGAGUCUUUGGCGUGCACCGUUUGCAAAGGCAUUGUUUGUGAGGCAAAAUACCCGGUUCCGGAUAGUGGUGGCCAUGAUUGCCAGCAUCACGUCUGUAGUCAUUGUUUGGGCAGCAAGAAAAUACUGAAACCGAGCUGCUCCUGGUGCAGGGAUUAUGACCUGUAUGUCGAUUGUGCUUGCUUGGAUUCCCACGUCCGAGUGUACCGAGGAAUUUUCAAGUACUGCGUAUCCCUCAGACAGUUUCAGUCUGUGAAGAGUAAGUCGUUUGAUUCCAGAAGAACUCUGCUCACUUUACCUGAGAACUUGCAACCGCUUUCCUUGGAAACGCUGUUGAAAGAAGUUCAGCAAGCUGAAAAAUAUGAUGUCAUGGCUUUGGAAGUGCAUUUAGACACUGACGAUGAUUUCCAAGCAUUCCAACAAGAACCAAUCCUGAACGAAGGAAAUUAUUUCCAUGAAGGGAAACUCGAUGGGAAAGGCAAUUAUUCGCCGUCGCGUUUUUCCGAAGAGGAGGAGGAGGAGGAUUUGGAACAAGAAUCAGAGGAAGAAGUCAUUCAGCAGCAAAUGCACGUUAUGAGAGAAAUUAUCAUCUCGCCAAUUCCACAAAAUGUGAAAUCUUUGAAGAGGAAGCUGCGACCCAUUGUCAGACAAAACUGCAAGUGA